ACAGUGUACUGAUAACAUUAUCGAUCUAUGUUAUCAGUAUUUUGUAGUCAACACUUGUCACUGAAAAAUUGUUAUGCAUUGUAGUAAAUGGAAUCUAAAUUGACUAUUAAUUAGUUAUUAGAUUUUCUUAAAUAUUAAGCUACAGUAGACGACUCAAUUUAUUUUAUAUACGUUCUAAGAACAUUAUUCAUUCUUGAAGAUGCAGAAUACUUGUUUUAAUAUAAUAAUUUAAUUAUCAAAUAGCUUACAGUAAAGAAAAUAAAAAUGGCCGGAGGAACUAGUUUAGUAGUUCCUAUAGUUCUUUGGGGUAAAACCCCUUUGACACAUUGCAUUUCUUGUGUGUAUUUAUCUCCUGAUCAGCGAACACUUGUAACUGGUUGCUAUGAUGGACAAAUAUGUCUAUGGUCUGUGUCACCUGAAACAUUAAAGAUGACUCCAAGAUGUUUACUUGUUGGACAUACAGCGCCUGUUCUUUGCUUAACGUAUGCUAGUAUAAUUGCAGAUAAUGGGUUUUUUGUUAGCUCAUCUGAAAAUGGGGAAAUGAGUACUUGGGAUAUAAUUGAUGGAAAAUGUAGAGAAGUCACUAAAUCUAUAUAUAUUCAUACAAACAUUCAAGCAUACCGUAUGGUUGGGACUGAAGAUGUUCGACUGUUCUGUAAUGGUUAUUAUGCUGAAGUUAUAAUUAUGAAUCCAUUUUCACUAGAAAUUAUUUUUUCUUUAUCAUCACGUGUAAACCCAGAUUGGAUAAGUGCUUUAUAUGUACUUAAACCACAUACUUGCAAAGAUGAUGUUGUUUUGGGAUUAACAACAACUGGAACAGUAAAAGUUUGGACAUUGGAACAGAGAGAAUAUGGGCCUACAGACCCUCCAGUAUAUGAAAAUGAAAGUAAACAAAUUAGAUGUUUAAAUGCAUUAACAAUGGCUUGUUGUUCAGAACAUCAAAGAACAGUAUUGAUUGUUUGUUCAAAGUGUUGGCAGAUAUAUGAUGCUGGAGAUUUCUCAGCUCUUUGUACAGUAUACGCCCCACGAGGUGAACGUUGGUUAGGUGGGGAAUUUUUGGCUCCUGAUCGUGUAUUAAUUUGGACUGAUGAUGGAAAAGGAUAUUUGUAUAAAUUACCUGCAAAUAGUAUAGUUGAGAAUAAAAAUUUUCAUAAACAAUCUGAAGAUGGAGAUAGUCCUUAUCUUUAUAGUAUUUUAUCAGUUUCAUCAAACAAGCAUCUUUACUGUUCUCCGGCUGUUCGUUUUUAUGAAUCGCAACUACAUGGAAAAAUAUUGAUAAGAGGAGAUUCUGAAGGUGCUGUAAAUAUAUGGAAAAUUCCCAAAUUAUCUCCAGCUCAAUUAUCUUAUAUCAAAGAAAAUGAUAAUCAUAAAAAGUUAUCAGAACUUUCACCAUUUGUGUGUACAAGUUUAUCUAAAGCUUGGGAAUCGAUGAAACCUCAUCCAGUUGGAAUUCUCAAUCAACUAGACUGUGAAAAUCUGCCAAAUAUUAAGUUGACUGCCAGUAUUUAUUUAGCCGGUCAGAGUAGGCUUGUAAUUGGAAGACAAGAUGGGUCUAUUGUUAUUAUCCCAGCGACACAGACAGUCAUGCUUCAACUGUUACAUGGUAACCAUCAAAAUUAUAAAGAUUGGCCUCCUCAUCAGAUAUUAUUAGGUCACAGUGGACGGGUGAAUUGCUUAUUAUAUCCACAUCAUAUGCACUCAAGAUAUGAUAAAUCACAUUUACUAUCUGGAGGAGUUGAUUUUGCUAUAUGCUUGUGGGAUUUAUAUGCUGGAACUUUACUGCAUAGAUUUUGUGUCCAUGCAGGUGAAAUAACACAAUUGUUAGUGCCUCCAAACACAUGUGCUAAUCCAAGGAUACUGAAGUGCAUUUGUUCGGUUGCUAGUGAUCACUCAGUAACUUUACUAAGUUUGUCUGAACGUAAAUGUGUAGUUUUAGCUUCUAGACAUUUAUUUCCAGUUGUAACUAUAAAAUGGAGACCAUUAGACGAUUUCAUGAUUGUUGGUUGUUCAGAUGCUACAGUUUAUGUAUGGCAAAUGGAAACAGGUCAUUUAGAUAGAGUUCUACAUGGAAUAAGCGGAGAAGAAGUUCUGUAUGCUUGUGAUGAAAAUACAACUAUUUCAAGUUCUGUAGAUUCUGGUUUAGCUAACCCUGCUGUGCAUUUUUUCAGAGGAUUGCGCCAUCGUAACAUAAAUGCUAUAAAACAUGCUACCCAACGAGGAAUUCACCAAUUGCAACAAAUGCAUCAAAAUUCACAUACUGAUGGUAUUGACCAUAGCAAAAAUAGAGCUUUCCCAUUAAUGGUUCAAGGAUUACGAACAAAUCUGAAUGAUCCAGAAUGUCAUAUUCUGUGCUUUGAUAUUGAAGCUUUAGUUGUUCAAUUAUUAAGUGAAGAGUAUGGACUUAUGUCCCCUAAAACUUUAGAAGCUCAUGGUUUGAUAAAUGCUUCAGAAUAUCAAAAGACUGCAGCAUUAACCCAAGCAGUGUCAUCUGAAGCUCAUAAAAAAAUUGCUGACUUCUUUGGCAAAGUCAAAGACAAAGCAGGGGACAUGGAACGUAUAUUAAAGGAGAAAGAUAAACAUGGAAUUAUGUCUAAACGUAAAGAUGGUUCUGAUAAUAUAUUGACCAAAUUACAAUCUGUUAUUGAUGGAUCAGACAGUAAAUCAAAUGAUAAAGGCUUGAAUCUUAGUGGAGUAGUAUGUCGUAAAGUAUGUGGUGCUAAUUUAACUAUGGAAAUUGCACAAUUAUUAAUGUCAUUAUUGUAUGCAUGGGGAUUAGAUCCAGAUGUAGACAAAAUUUGUGAAUCUAAACUUGGCCUUUUGAGACCAAUGGUUCCUGUUUCUUUUGGUGUUAUAUCUAAAGGCGGAUUUAUGAGCUUAUUAUUGCCCACUUGGCAAUGUAGUAUUGAUUUAGAAGAUAAUUUCGUUAAAACUAGUCAAGGGCUACUUAUGGAUUUACCACCAGAGUUGGUCCAGUUAGAAUUACUAACUAGAUUGUUUACUGCCAGAACUCACUGGGAAGUGAGCACUACAGUAACCAGUCAGCAUUUAUUAGCUAUAGUAGCUAUUGCCAACACUUUGAUGUCAAUGAGUUCUCCUUGUUUUCUUGAAAAUUCAUUUUCUAGACAAUUAUCAAUAAAAAAUCGUUCUGAUGAAUGUAGUAGUGAUCAAAAUAGUUCCCAAGUUACACAAAUUAAACAGGGAUGGUCUCAGCUAAAAACCUUACAUUGUGUUUCUUUGCCUGAAAAAGUUGUUGCCCACGGAUCAAAAAAUUUUAAACGUAUUCAAAUAGAAAUGUUAGCACAUCGCUGGCAGCACCAUUGUCUUGAGGUACGGGAAGCAGCUCAAGGAUUGUUAUUAGCUGAACUUGAAAGAAUUGGUCCUAAAGGUCGUAAAACACUAGUUGAAUUUUGGGUUCAAUAUUUACCAGUAAGCAACUCUAUGGGUGGCAUGCAAUCUGCUGCUGCUAGUUAUAACAAUCUAACUAAUCUAACAGCUAAUGAUAAUAUUGAACCAGUUAUUAAUACUCAAGAUGAUGAAGAAGAUGAUGAAGAAGAUGGCCUUGAAGAUUUAUGUUUAAGAAAACCAUCAUCAGUUAGUGAAUUGCGUCGAAAACAAACCACUGCAGUAAUUCUUAUGGGUGUAAUGGGAGCUGAAUUUGGUCAAGAAGUUAGUGCAACAGAUUCUGGAACUUUAUUAAAUAGAUCACAAUCCAUCACAUUAAAUAAACGCCCAGAAGAUAUAAGGAGAAAAAGUUCAAUUGUUGAAGGUUUUGGCAUUGGAAACAAUAAUUUAUCAAGACUUACAAGUUUGGCUCUAACUCAACUACUUUUGGCACCUUCAACACUAAAGUUACCAGCACAUAUGGCAUUGCGUAGGGCUGCUGUAGAUUUAAUUGGUCGAGGAUUUGCUGUGUGGGAACCAUACUUUGAUGUCAGCAAAGUAUUGUUAGGAAUUUUAGAAUUAUGUUGUGAUACUGAUAAGCUAGUUCCUAGUAUGUCAUAUGGAUUACCUUUAACUCCAGCUGCAGAUUCCUGCAGGACAGCACGACAUGCUUUGAUAUUGAUUUCAAAUGUCCGUCCUGCAGUAUUUAUCAUCACAAUAGCUAGAGAAGUGGCUCGUUAUAAUAGCAUACAACAAAAUACACAGGCCAUGAAUACAGCACUGAGCAAUUCAGUAUUACAUAGAGCUAAACCUGAAAUACUUCAUAUUAUGGAACAUUUAAUUGAAAAAAUGCACCUUGAAAUGGCUGACUUAUUGGUUGAAGUAAUGGAUAUAAUAUUGCAUUGUGUUGAUCCUACUCAGUUAAAAACACGUAGUUUGUCAGAGGUUUUCCCUGCUAUUAGUAGAUUUAGUCAAGUCACUCAUUGUUCUACAUCUAGACGUAUUGCAGUUGGUACCAAGACUGGAACAAUAGCGUUGUAUGAACUGAGAUCUUCUAAAUGCCAGACUAUUAAUGCUCAUAGUGCAGUUAUAAGUGCUUGUGCUUUUUCACCGGAUGGAAAAUUUCUUGUAUCAUAUAGUGCUGCCGAAAAUAAAUUAUCUUUCUGGCAGACAUCUACUGGUAUAUUUGGUCUUGGUAAUAGCCAAACUAAAUGUACCAAAUCAUAUAGCACUGAAAUACAAGACCCAACACGUUCUAGUCAGUGGCGACAGAUCAAGUUACAUUGGGUGAAUAAUCGCAGUGUAAGAUUUAUGUCUGAUGGUUUAGAAAGAACGUUUGUUAUUUAAAUUAAAUAAUAAUUUUUUAAUUUAAAGAAAAUUAUUAAUCAUAAAAGAAAUUAUUUUAAAACAUUGUAAUGCUUCUAUUUAAUAAUAUAAAAGACAAUAUGUUAUAUGUUACAACUAAAAUAUCUAAUUACUUCCUAACCAUAAAUGAAACUUUUAGAAAUGUCCGAAAAUAUAACCAUAUUUAGUUAAAUGUUACCGAUGUAUACAUUAAUAUUGUUUAAUAAGUGUAUACCCACUUUUAAUUUAUAAACUUUUUGGUUACUAAAAAUAUUUUGAGUUAUUGGUAUGAUAUUUUAUUUGAUUAUUAUUAUUGUAGAACACUGUUAAACCUUUGUCAUUUU